AUGGUCACUCUCCCAGUGGAGCCGGACUUUUGGGAGUCGGAUGAGAAAUUCUGCCCCGAACAUGUGUUCCAGAAGAAGAAGUGUUCCGUCGAGGAUCAAUGGAUGCAGAGGAUGACGUCAGUAGCACCAGUCACGGAGAUGCCACUGGAAAAAGCUACGCUUGAUAAGCCGGAUUCUGAAGAAAGUGAUCAAGCUGAGAUCGAUGAUCCCGUUGAAAAUGAUGAUGCCCCACAAGGAGCCAGAUCGCCAAGAGCCGUGAAUGAUGUCGCCUCCUCAUCAUCUACUGGUUCCACAGUCAUUGCUCCACCAACUAGAAGACGUCUGCGAUUUGCUGGAAAUGGACGAGCAGGAAAUGGACGACUCCAGAAUGUCGAUCCAGAGCCAGCGCCAGAACCGAUGGGUGCUCCAGAAGCAGCAGCUCAAGAACCACAGGAUGCGGCAACUCCAGUAGACGUAGCUACACCAACUCCAUCAACUAGAAGACGCCUUCAAUCUGCUUCAAAUGGUCAACCUGAUAUGAGAAUCGGUCGGUCAGCAGCACUCGAUCACACCGAGCCAGAGCAGGUUGCCGUUCCAGUGAAUGUUGCACCUCCUCCACAAACCAGAAGGCACCAUCGAGCUUCCAAGAAGUUAAGAGGAGCCACAGUAGUUAGAGUCCAAAACACACGAUCUGGAAACUCUGUCACGUCGCCAAUAACCGAUCGUCACACCCGUCACUCCCGUCCGACUGCCAGAAGUGCACCUGUUCCUCCAACUAUCCACAAUGCUCCUGUUGCCACACCAGCAGGAAGGAGGAAUAGAAGAGCCCAACGUCUGGAACAAGCAACGUAUGCACAUAGUUGCAAACGAGGGAAUAAUGAUGCUGGAGCAGCCGUCAAUGUGGAUCCAGCUCCUGCGCCUCCAGCUGCUCCUGCGCCUCCAGGAUCUCCCAUGGCUCCAGUAGUCGUCGAUCCCUCGACUACUCGACGGAGACGUGCGAGUCAAGCGUUGUCCCCGGUGGCUCCAGUUUCGACGCGUCGCCGUGCGGCAUCACCUUCGGCUCCGGCAACUCCUUGCUCUGCUCGUCCAGCUGUUCCGCGACAAUCGGCUCCAGGUCCAUCCGCUCCUCCUGCAGCCCCUGCUCCAGUUCCUGCUCCAAGAGCAAGAGAAGUCUCUGUGGCCCGACAGGAGCUAAUUGCACUCAUCAAUCAAUGCAUCCAACACGAGCAGCUGUCAAACAGCUAA